AUGCGGACCCAUCAAACGUCAGAAGGGAGUGCACCCCUGCCCAAGGACAGUUGUGGUAGCAGCGGCAGCUCAGGGGAGUCGCCUGGGUCCGAAUGUCAUGGAGCAUCACUGACAAGCGGAAUUAUGGACAGCAUGGUGGACGCUGGUCUUGGGGUUGGUGGAUGUAUCAGGGGAUUUGAAGGUAGCCUGAGCGGCACUUUGAGGGGUGUCCUGUCUCGGUACUGGAGCUUGGAGAGUCUCCACUCCACCACAGCAUCUCUGCCUGAUGGCGCCUCCCACAAAUCGAGGUCUGGAGAAGAGCUGGGCAGUGAGGAAGACUUGUUAUAUGAAGAAUUCUGCAGUUCUGCUCACUGUUUUGGACACCCAGGAGGAGGUGGGGGAGAACAGCUGGCUGUCAAUGAGCUUAUCAGCGAUGGCAAUGUGGUGUACGCCGAGGCACUCUGGGAUCACGUCACCAUGGAUGACCAAGAACUCGGCUUUAAGGCCGGUGAUGUCAUCGAAGUCGUGGAUGCCACCAACAAAGAGUGGUGGUGGGGUCGGAUCGUAGACAACGAGGGAUGGUUCCCGGCCUGCUUUGUCCGGUUGCGUGUGAACCAGGAUGAGCCCACCGAGGACUUCAAAGCUCACCUAUCGGUGGACGAGUCCACCGGAAGCAAAGAAUGGCUUGAACUCGGAAUGUUCUUGGGGCCUGGAUUGCCCGGCAAAGAGCAGAUGAGGGCAAAUGUUAUCAAAGAGAUCAUGAGCACAGAACGAGAUUACAUCAAGCACCUUAAAGACAUCUGUGAGGGUUAUAUCAAACAGUGCCGCAAGAGGACUGACAUGUUCUCCGAAGAGCAGCUUCAUACCAUCUUUGGCAACGUGGAAGACAUCUACAAGUUCCAGAGGAAGUUCCUAAAGAUGCUCGAGAAGAAGUACAACAAAGAGCAACCACACCUCAGUGAGAUUGGCUGCUGCUUCCUGGAACAUCAAGUACAUUUUCAGAUCUACUCCGAGUACUGCAACAAUCAUCCCAACGCCUGCAUCCAGCUCUCCUUGCUUAUGAAGGCGAGCAAGUACGUGUUCUUCUUUGAGGCCUGUCGACUACUCCAGAAGAUGAUUGAUAUUUCUCUGGAUGGAUUCUUGCUCACGCCUGUUCAGAAGAUCUGCAAGUAUCCGUUGCAGCUAGCCGAGCUGCUCAAAUAUACCAACCCGCAGCACAGGGAGUAUAAAGAUGUGGAGGCUGCCCUAAACGCAAUGAAGAAUGUAGCCAGGCUCAUCAACGAGAGGAAACGACGUCUUGAGAAUAUUGAAAAAAUCGCCCGAUGGCAGAGUUCCAUCGAGGGCUGGGAGGGUGCAGAUGUGUUAAGCAGGAGUUCUGAUCUCAUCUUCUCUGGAGAGUUGACCAAACUGUCUCUGCCACAUGCCAGGAGUCAACAGCGAAUGUUUUUCCUGUUUGACCAUCAGCUAGUAUAUUGCAAAAAGGAUCUCUUGCGCCGGGACAUGUUAUAUUAUAAAGGUCGUCUGGAUAUGGACCACAUGGAGGUGAUAGAUGUUGAGGACGGCAAGGAGAAUCACUUUAACAUCAGUGUAAAAAACACCCUGAAACUGCGAUCACUAUCUGGUGAUGAGGUCCACCUCCUAUGCGCCAAGAAGCCUGAACAAAAACAACGAUGGCUUCGAGCGCUCGCUGAAGAGAGGAGGCGGGUCCAGACCGACCGGGAAACAGGUUUUACGCUCACUGAUGAUCAGAAAAAACAGGCCAUUCUAAAUGCCUGCAAAAGCUGUCUAUCCGGGAAACCCAAAGUGAUGAGCAGACCCUACUACGACGUAGUUCUGAAACAGAAACACCCGUCCCUACCCACGGCCUUACCGCAACAGCACGUCUUCAUUUCAGAGGAACCCAAGCGCAAAGGUUCGACUUUCUGGCACAAUAUCAGCAGACUGACACCAUUUAAGAAAUAAUACGUAGAAGCAAACAACGGUAUAGGUAAUUAUUUAUUAUGAAGGAAAUUGGGAAAACCUUACUGAUAGAAAUCUAAGUGUGGUACUAAUAAGUACUAGAACUGGAACUUCUAACUGUGCUGCUCCUUGCUGCUUGUCAACAAAUCUGUUUUUCCGCUCAAUAUUUCCACGAUGAAAUGUGUUUUUUGAGUCAUGCCAAUUGUUCACAGUGCCAGAUUUUUAGUUAGACCUCUUAAGUUCAAAACAGUAAUAGACAUGCAAAUCUAAUGUGACCUUCCAACUUGCAAACAAUUUUCCUUUGUGCUACUAAGACAAGCUGUGCACAACAGUUUGAUUUUUUUUUUUUUUGUCGGGGUAUUUCGUGAUCCGUAUCCACCAGUAAGCUACCAAACUACGUAUCAACGAUGUGGUUCUCUACGUAUGUGAUACAUCGUUGUACACCAUAUUGUACAUGUUGUGAAGUGACUGAAGUUGUACAAAGGCUGAGAUUAAAUGAAUUAAAAUUAUGUUACACAAGUCUGA